CUAGUUUGUAGCUAUUCACUGUUCACAGCUGCAUUGUUCAUGCCUUUUGCACCACGUAUGCUUUGAGCCGUUCUGUAGAUCAUUUCAGUCUAACACCAUAAUCAUCGUCAUUAUCAAACUCUGGACACAGAUGCAUUAACAUCAAGACAUGGUCAUCAUGGCCAGCAUCAACAGUUUGAGAGAAGACAAUAAGAUAAUUGGUGUUCAAAGUUGAAAUUCAGUCUCAGGAAGAAGAAGGUGAACGAACGGCUGAAGUAAUCGAAGACAUUACAUGAUGAUGAUAAUUAAUGGACCACUGCUUCCCCAACAAAAACCUCCUCUCCCAUCAUCUCUUCUCAUCUAUCUCUAUCUUGGUCACUUCUUAUCCAGAUGGGAUGCUAGGAUGUGGGAAUUCUCAGUUGGUUUAUACAUGAUCAAUGUUUGGCCAGACUCUUUAUUCCUUGCUGCUGCUUGUGGACUGGUAGAGUCUGCCUCCACCGCAUUAUUGGGUCCCCUUGUUGGACAGUGGGUUGAUAAGGUGACAUAUGUUAAGGUUCUCCAAAUUUGGUUGUUAACCCAAAAUAUCUCUUUUAUGGUUGCUGGAGGCACAGUGGUUGCGCUUCUGCUCUACUCAGACUUAAAGACAACAAAUUUUGUGGCAUUCAUUUCUGUGGUCAUAUUAGUCAAUAUCUCUGGUGCUGUUGGUAUGCUUUCCACCCUUGCGGGAACCAUCUUGAUCGAAAGAGAAUGGGUGGUGGUAAUAUCAGAAGGCCAGCCUCCCGGAGUACUGACAAAGAUGAAUUCAAUUAUAAGACGGAUUGAUUUAACAUGCAAGCUAGGUGCUCCUGUAAUAUCCGGAUUCAUAAUAAGCUUUGUAUCUCUGACAGCAUCGGCGGUGACACUAACACUCUGGAAUGUCAUAGCUGUGUGUUUGCAAUAUUGGCUUCUUAUGCAUGUAUAUAAUUGGAUUCCAGCUUUAAGUGAAAGCAGCUACAAGAGGAUGUCGAGACUUUCACCAACAGAUCUGGAAGAGAGCUCAUCUACUUCUCAGGAGGAAAAGAGCUUAUUGUCUUAUGAUGGAAAAAUUUUGGAGUUAAACCAAAACAGCUUCGGAAGGAAAAUAAUUGAGCAGUUUACUAAGAUUCCUCUUGUUAGUGCUUGGAGAUUGUACUUACAGCAAGAUGUGGUGCUCCCAGGAAUAGCUCUUGCUUUAUUGUAUUUCACUGUCCUCUGCUUUGGAAGUUUGAUGACUGCUACACUGGAAUGGGAAGGUAUACCUCCAUAUGUUAUUGGAAUUGCUCGUGGAAUUAGCGCCAUAAUAGGAAUAGCUGCAACUUUUCUGUACCCUAUCCUGGAAUCUAGCAUUUCUACGCUUCGAACUGGACUCUAG